AGGAUUUCUUAUUUAUAAUGUGUAAUAAACGCUUAAGUAAUUUGCCGGUACAUUGAGAGGGCGUAUUAAAGAGUUGGAAAUAAAUUGAGUAGAAAGUGGUUAUUUCUUCAAAUUAUAAUAGUAGCUACUACGUGAUUAAAUUGGAGGGGUCAUGAUAAAGAAGACUUCAAGUUUAUUUUAACUAUGGAAAAGUCAUCAGAAAAUGAUAGAGAAAGUGGAGAAUAUUCCCAGCAAGAAGCUGACAGGCUUUCAAGUUCUACUUUUAGCAGAGAUUCAAAAAGAUUCAUUGACCCUUUAAGUUUGAAUUCUGGGAACGAAAGGAAUUCAUCUGAGUUUCAAGAUGUAAGUCCAUCUGAAGGAAGUGUUAUAACCCCUGACUCCUCACUCAUGGGCUCAUUGUCUCUUGGUGAUGAUGAAUUUGGCUUGUGCACACGUGAUCUGAUUGUUCGAGUUGAUAAUCCUGAGAAACAUUCCAGUACUUUAGAUAGCUAUGUUACUUUUAGAAUAACAACCAAGACAACACGUAGUGACUUUGAUGACUGCGAGUACAGUGUAAGAAGGCGUUAUAAUGACUUCAUUUGGCUCAGGGAAAAGUUAGAAGAAGAAUAUCCAAGCUCCAUCAUUCCUCCGCUGCCAGAAAAACACAGUAUGCAGCGUUUUCAAAGAUUUAACAGUGAAUUCCUUAAAACUCGGAUGGUGGGCUUGAACAAAUUUCUAAAUCGUGUAGCAGAUCAUUCUUUGUUAUCCCACAGUGAAAAUCUGAAAGUUUUCUUGACAUUUAAAGUUUGGGAAUUUGCUGCUCAGAAGAAGCAAAAUGUUGGUCUGAUGGGUAGAGUGAGUGGGACCUUCCACAACUUGGCCACAACAUACUUGAUGAAAAGCCGAUGUGAAGAAUUUGAAUCACUGAAUGAAUAUACACAAAAAUUAAGUGAAAAACUAGGGAAUUUAGAGAGAAUUGGUCAGAGAAUACAAAGAGAACAGUUGGAGUACGUUAAUGAACUCCAUGAAUUCCAUCCUAUUUUUACCCUAUGGUCGAACUCUGAACAUCAACUUAGUGGGGCACUGGAUACCAUAGCUACUGCAGUUGAAGACUGUGCUGAAGCUCAAAAAAGAGUAACAAAUGCUUAUGAUCUGGAGUUUGCCCAGCCUCUUCAUGAAAACAUACUAUACACAGAAGCUGUAAAAGAGGCUUUAAAAGCGACGAGAUGCCCGCAGAUAGAAUAUGAGUUGACUCUGGAAGAUCUGCAGAAAAGGAGACAGGAGAGAGAGCAAUUACUUACGGGGCCACAAGGCUACAGUAUUGGAACUCUGUGGGGUAAAACAUCUGAAGAAAUAAAAACAGAAAAAGAACAGAAAUUAAACAGAGUUAUUGAAGAGCUGGUCAGACAAGUAGAUGAAAAUAACCAUCGUCACCAGAAAGCCAAUAGUGAGCUUCAAGGAGAAAUAGAGAGCUGGCAGGAAACAAAAAGACAAGAGUUAAAACAGUUAUUUGUUGGAAUGGCCAAUCGGCAGGUCCAGUAUUAUGAAAAGUGCUUGGGUGCCUGGGAAGCUACUAUUCCAAGCAUUAAGAAUAUAACUACAUCUCACGGUUCUGGUGAUGAAAGUCCAGAAAACCCUCUGUAACAAGCAGAGUGCAUACUGCUAACAAAAAAUCUCCAAUUAAAAUAGAAUCAUUAACAUUACAGGUUUUAUUUUGUCCAAAGAAAAAGUUGCAUAUAUAUCCUAAAGCAGGAACCUUUUUUCAGUACCUGAUGAAUACAUUGCAUAAGGGUGUAUGAUAGUGAAAUAUGUAAUGAAAAUGUUUAAAAUGAAUAAAAUAGUUACAUAUCUUAUCAGUUUUUAUUAGGCUAUUUAUAACAAGACAACAUUUUUGUUUAAAACAUUUACUAUUUUAUUUCUGUUAAUGGGUGGCUAGAUACAUGUAAUAUUAUUAUUUUAUUUCUCAGUUAACUUUUCUUAGCUGUGCUUAAUUUACCAAUAAAAAAAAAUGUACUUGAUAAAAUUUUCAUUAUGUUUUGUUGGGUAUAUUUUUGUGGGUAGUUGGACCAAUUUUCAGCUAGAGUGAUUAACUAAAAUACAUUCCAAGAGACAACCAAGUCAUCAGAAAGUGUAAAUUCUAAUAGUACUUUUUGUUUUUAAUUUUGAAAAAUAUUAUAGAUUAAAAUUAGAUCUAUGUCACCAGAAAUUUAAAAACGAUUACACAUGUAUUUUAGUGAUGUCUCCCCUCCUCCAUCCUAUAUUGUUAAAUCAGGAUUUUUAUAUUUUCCACUAACCAAACAUUUUGAACUUUAAAUGUUGGACUAGAAUACUCUCUUAUUUUCAUUGUAAGCAAUGUUCUAAUAUUUCUAAUUUAUCUGAUCUGAAACACAAAUAUCUUAGUUUCAUAACUUUAAGCUUUUUAUGUUACAAAUAUUCAAACAUUUGCACCAUAUAAUUGAAAAAUAAUCAUUGGAAAUUACUCUUAAAUGAACAGACACCAGAUUUGUAGCAAUUCAUAAUGAGUUUUCACUGUCAACUUUCUUUUAGUAUAGUUUCAUUUAUACUAUUAACCUUGAAAAACUGUUGAUGAAAAUUCACUGCUGCUUGUAUUUUGUAAUUUUUAGACACUUUUUUUGAAAAAUAUAUACCUUAACUUAAUAAUUAUGAAUAGCUAAAAGUUUAAAUUCACCAUAAAUAUCUGGACAAAUUGUAUAAACUUUUGUUUUACUGUGGAAAUAUUUCGAAAACAUUUAUUCUAACAAACUUUGAAGUUAGAAGAAUAUGUUAAGAUCGGCUAGUAUCAAAUUUCACAUUACAAAAGAUGCAAAGUACUUUUACUUGUAUAUUAUUAUGUACUGAUUGGGUAAAUAAAAAAAAACCUGGAUGUUAGUACUGUUACUUAUGUGUUUUAAUGGAAUAAAGUGAUAAAAAAAUCAUAAAUAAUAAAAGUUUAAAAUUCUUAGUGGCCUAAUGGAAUGAUAUAAGGUAAUAUUAGUAAAUAACAAAUAUGACCACUUUAGUAGUUUUACAGGAAAUAAGGUACAUAAUGAAAAUAUAAUGUAAGUGUAAACAGCAUAAUACUCCUACUUACUGGUCUAAUUAAAUUAUACAAAGUAAUUAAAUGAGUAUGCAUGAUUCAAUUUUCUUCAAUAGUGGCCUACUGGUAGUUAGUCAAAUGAAGAAAGUAGCCUUGACUGAGAAUAGUGACACAUGAUGUUGGUCAGAUGAAAUAUAUAUCAUAAUUGUAAAAUAGUAUAAUACAGAAUUAACUAUUGAUACUUGGUACUUUAAAAAAAAAAUGAAGAAAAUUACCAUGGUUAUGAACAGGUUGACAUGUUACAUCAUAAUUUAAGAUGAACAAAAUAAAUUAUGAAUAUGAACAGUUUUGCAUACAAUAUCAUAAUGUAAUAUUAGUAAGAUAAUAAAUAUAAUUUCUUUUUUUGCACAGUAUUUAAAAAAUUAUUACAAAUUAAAUUUUAACGCUAAAGCUGUGCAUAUUUUUUGCCGAGAAAAUUAAGAUAGUUAAAAGACUUUCAAAGUGACAUUGUGAUUUUUUUAUAUUUACUCAAUAUUUUAUGUUAAGAACCUCCAGAACUAUUUUUUAUUUUAUGGCAGGGUGUACAGACUUUUAAUAGCAACUUUAUCAUAAAUUGAAUACGAGAGCUGGUUAAUACUCUUGUAUUGUAGCCUAGAGCAAGAAAAUAUAUGUUAGGACUAAGAGCACUUAAAUAGUCUUCAAAACAUAUAAUCAAACUAAGCCCUUGCAUUGUAGCAUAAUGAUUCUUGAUAUAAUGAAAAUUAUAAAUCAUGAAUGUGUUCACAAUACUUAAGAAAUGUGUAGAAUCAAAACAAUAGUUAAAACAUGGAGACCUCUAACUUAACACCUUCCCAAGAAAGAGUAAAGGCCUAAAUGAUACUUAUUAAUACAUCGUUAACUAAGAAUUUAUAAUUUUAUUACUUCAUAUUUGUGGUUGACCUGACACCAGUAUAAAAUGUUUCUGUUAAUGUAAUGAAGUUAUGUACAUAAUUGAUAAAACAGCUACGUAAAGUUGUUUUUCAUAACAGUGCUUUCAAGAUUCCAUAGAAAAUAAUUUAAGUGCUUGCUUUAUGGUUAGCAUCUAGUCUUAGUGUUUUUCAUACAACUAUACAGGAUAAUCACGACUUUUUUUUUUUUUUUUUAUGAAUCUGUGGUUUCAGUGGAGUUUAUUAAUGCUAAGUAAAAUAUACUGUAUCUUUAGUCAUACAUUAUGAUACAAAUAACUGACAAUUUUUUUACAUAACUGGUUAAAACUCUGAAAUCUAAGAUUUUAAUUAAAUAAAAUGUAAAUAACAUUUAACUUGCCAAUAAUAAUUAAGGCUAAGUAAUUCUAAACAGUUAAACUUGGGAUUUUUAAUUGUAUAGUGUUGCAUUUCAAUUGUGCAAAUGGAACAAAGAAAGAUAAUUAUUCAAUAAACUCAAAGUUAUUGCAAAGGGAAAAGGUCAACUUUGAAAUAUGCUUUAAUUGAAUGAAAUAGUUCAGAAGUUUAACUAUACUCGUACAGAUAUCAAAAGCUUCAUAACAAUAAUUCAUUUAACUGAAAAAAAAUCACAUGAUCAGUUUUGGACCAGAUACAAUUUUGUGGCUACAUUAUUUAUAGUCCACUGACUUUUGCUUCCAAGAAAGCGUAACUUCUUUUUUCUGCACAUUAUUUAAGUAAUAAUUACAAAUUCAAUAAUGUUGUGUACACUGCCCACAAGCUUAAUUCUGUAAAGUUCCAGUAUGUUUAACUAGAUUUAGAAAGCUGUACUAGUUAGUGUAAAUUGAGUAUUUCCUGUAGGUUGAUAUAUUCUCAAGUAAAUAAUUAUAUUCAACUGUCAGUGAAAGGCUUAAUUCCAUAUGAAAACUGUGGUUUGUAUUGUUCAAUUGGCAGGAUGAUUUUGUUUGUAUUAUGAGGUUAAAUUUAAAACUUUAAACCAGGUAACAUGACUUUAAAUUGUGUGAAGCCUUUGCAUACAAAUUCGGUUAUUGGUACGUUGUAACUUUUUCUUUCUUUCUUUUUUUUUGAAGUACUGUUUUGUAAAUGUUGUGUGCAUUUGGAGUUACUGCAAAUUUCAGUGCUUACAUGUAUUUCUUUUAGUUAUUUCUAAUAAAAAGAAGUACUCAAC